AUGAACUUUGUAGACCUAUCCCAGGAUGCCCUGACUUGUUGCACUGAUCAACUCAAUGCAUGCACGGACGGAAACAAGACCAUCGCGCACGGCGCUGUGGCCAUUUUCAACUGCAUGAGGAUGAAGUGCAAUAAUGGUAGCCUUGAAGGGAUCGCAGAACCGAAAGGAGGCAACUUCAGAUUCCUCAGUUAUCAACUUGGCUGUCUCUAUGUGCAUCAAGUAGCAAUGAAUUGGCAGUCUGCACGAGAGAACUGCCAGUCCUAUGGUGCAGACCUAUACGUCCCUGAUCAUGACCAAGAUGUGAUGGCUUUACGAAAUUACGUCAAGAUACUGGGUGGUUCGAGCUACUGGAUUGGUAUAAAUUCUCUGCUUUGGACGAAUGGAAAGGCCGUCAACUUAACCGUGUGGGACAUAGGUCAACCAGAUGGAAAAACAGAGUGUGGAAUGUUUUUGAAUGACGUUAGCUACAAUGUUCAUGACAAUCUUUGUACUGUAGCAUACUACUCUGUCUGCCAGUUUAAGUAA